GGGCCAAACAAAAUCUUUUGUGAAGAAACUUUCUCUCAUCUUCCCAAGGGAGAGAGCAAAUACCAAAAACUUCUUUUUGCGUCUCUCUUCUAACAUUCCUUCCUUGCCGAUAUUUCAGCUCACGACGAGAAAAAUCUCACCGUUCACGCUAUAUACAUCUAUUUGCAGGGAUUUGAUUUCGUAGAAGUGGUUUUGGGAAACACUGAGAUGAGUAAUCAUCACACGGUCGUAUAUGUUAAUGGAUUGGUUCGACCGGUUCUCGCGGAGGCUGAGUAUAGUAUGAGAACAGAGUCUCCGGCGGAUAAUGCAAUUGAUAUCUACGACGGAGAUACUACGGAGAAUGAGGAGGAGGAUUCACUGAUUUCUUCCGCGGAGUGUCGGAUUUGUCAGGAUGAAUGUGAUAUUAAGAAUCUUGAGAGUCCUUGUGCUUGCAAUGGCAGCUUAAAGUAUGCUCACAGAAAAUGUGUUCAACGUUGGUGUAAUGAAAAGGGAAACACUAUAUGCGAAAUCUGUCAUCAGCCAUACCAAGCUGGAUAUACCUCUCCACCACCACCACCACAAUCUGAAGAAACUACUAUUGACAUUGGUGGAGGAUGGAGAAUCUCGGGUUUGGAUUUAGAUGAUCCACGUCUCUUGGCAAUAGCAGAAGCUGAACGUCAGAUUUUAGAAUCAGAAUAUGAUGAUUAUACAGCUUCAGAUACCAGUGGAGCUGCAUUUUUCCGCUCUGCUGCUUUAAUAUUGAUGACUCUUCUUCUAUUGCGACAUGCACUGACUAUACCAGAUUAUUCAGAUAGUGAAGAUGAUGAUCCUUCUUCAAUACUUUCUCUUUUCUUACUCCGAGCUGCCAGUUUUCUUCUUCCUUGCUACAUCAUGGCAUCAGCCAUCAGUAUCCUGCAUCGCCGUAGACAGAGACAGGAAGCAGCGGACUUGGCCACUCGGUUUGCGUUGGUGCUCAGCUCGCGCCAACCUAGACCCGUGAUUAAUUAUUUGUCAAUGGAGCCAUGAUUUUAUAGUUCCACUCUAAGAGUUUCAGGUGUAUAUGCUUUUCAAAUAUUUCAUCAGAAAAAAGAUUCAUGAACUGCUGUUAAAAGAGUGGUUUACAGUAAGUAGAAAGAAGAAUCUCUUCUUCUUCUUCUCACUUCUUGCAAAGCUAUUGAAACUAUCUUUUCUGAUGAAAUCAUUGAAUCAUAUGUGGUGUUAAUCAAGAUUUGGUAGCAACAAGAACCAUCACAAGAUCUACAUGAUGGUCCUUCUGAAUCAGCUUUCUUACAAACAAGGAGUGUCCUAACUUAGUGCAGAGUUUUUUUUUUUACAAGUAUUCGAUUCUAAGAAAGAUUGUGUAUGUAGAUUAAAGAGUUUCUGAUUCUGUAGCAUUAAGAUUUUCAAUAACACUUGAUUGAGAGAUGAGCAUUUCACUUUUUAGGUAAAGAAAAACGAGACACAUAAUUUGUAAUCUGUGUAAAUAAAUUU